AUGGAAAUCAAGUAUAUAGCGGAGAGCGAGUGGCGUGGGUUUUCUUGUCGAUACAAGAUACGCUUAAACUUUAAACAAAUCUCUGAGCUUUUAAUUUUAAAUUUCCUUGACUUUACAUCUGGGUCCUUUGCAUAUUUUACAAUUAAAGACAGACUGCCUCAGAUCCUCACACGAGUUAUUGAUACCCUGCAUCGACAUAAAAAUGAAUUUUUUGAAGAACAUGGUGAGAAGGGCGUUGAAGCAGAGAAGAGAGCUAUAUCUUUCCUCUCCAAACUGCGGAAUGAACUGCAAACAGACAAACCAGUGACCCCUUUAGAAGAUGAGCUGCCUGAUGCUGCGCUGUGGAACCAAUACCUAGACUACCAACGAAAUUUAUCAAAUGGAAAUGGAGAACCGAGUUGGUUUCAGUCCCCUUGGUUAUAUGUAGAGUGUUACAUGUAUCGAAGAAUUCACGCAGCACUUGCACAGAACCCACCUAUUGACAACUUUGACGUAUUUAAGGAAGGAAAGGCUCAAAAUUUCUUUGAAUCCCAAGAGGCUGUUAUUGCCUUAUGCACUUACUUUCAGGAACUUCUUAAGAACAUCAAGGAUCUAGACGAAAAGCAACUUCAGGAGGAACUCUUUAACCUAUUGCAGGUGUCAUUGUGGGGCAAUAAGUGUGACCUUUCUUUUUCAGCUGGUGAAGACAGCUCUCAGAAAUCUAGUCCUUUACAAUCCCUGGAAAACAUGAUACCUUACAUCUUAGUGAAUGAUAUGGAAAAGCUUUGGUCACUACUUGUAAACGCCAAAAAAAGAAAUACAGAAAAAAGUAAUGUUAGAGUUGACAUAAUCCUGGAUAAUGCCGGAUUUGAACUUGUAAGUGAUCUUGUGUUGGCUGACUUCCUGGUAUCGUCAAAGCUAGCUGAUGAAGUCCAUUUUCAUGGAAAAAGUAUUCCAUGGUAUGUGUCAGAUACCACAAAGCAUGAUUUUAACUGGACUAUUAAACAACUGCAGUCAGCUAAUCAUAUGUGGAUGUCUAGAUGUGGGAUAAACUGGGAGGGCAAUUUGAAAAAGGGAGUUUGGGUUUACCGUGAUCACAUGUUUUGGACUUUGCCACAUGACUUUUCCAGUAUGGCUGAAGUUGCUCCUGACUUGUAUGCCGAUCUACAGAAGUCAAAGUUGCUUCUUUUCAAAGGUGAUCUAAACUAUCGAAAAUUAACAGGAGAUAGAAAAUGGGAAUAUACUGUUCCGUUUCAUCAAGCCUUGAACAAGUUUCAUCCUGCGCCCCUCUGUAGUUUGAGAACACUGAAAUCUGACACUCAGGUUGGCCUAAAACCUGGACAAGGUGAACAAAUUCAGGCUUCUGAACCUGAAUGGAUGGUAAGUGGAAAAUACGGGGUAGUUCAGUUCGAUGCUGCUCUCUAGUUAAAUGGUUCCUAAUAUUCUGAAAGAGAGAUUCAGUCUGAGUUUUAACUACUUUCUCUGUUCCAUGCUUGGCUUCAGCAAAGGUUCUUUUUUGUUUGCACUUUUCCUCCCAAGUGAUUUGUUGUUUUCGUUCCGCAAAAGACUUUAAUGUUGUGCAAAAGUUCACAAACUGUCUGUAUACAUAAAUCAAUCUGCUUUCUGUUUUCCUAAUGUCCAAUGUCAGCAGAUGUUUAAGAUGAACAUUUAGUUGUCCAUAAUAUUUUUUCUUCAUCAGUGAGUAUGAGAGCUUAUGGCUAACUAGUGAAAAAUCUGCUUCAGGAACCAUUUCCUCAAUACCACGUUACCAUGUAUUUACUUAUUUCAGGAUGACUUACGCUCUACGUGCCAUGCGUUGCACGAAAGUUAAUAUUUUAGCGAAUGCACAAAUGAAUUCCAGAUAGAUUCUUUGCAGCCCAUUGCACGAUCAUAUUUUAAAACUGUUGAAAAUUGUGUUGACUUCUACCAAGAAAUUAUUACAUAAAUUGUUUUUUACUUGCUUCUUGUGUCCGCAGACAAAUAACUUUUGACGUUUUGAAUAUAGUUCACUGUACAUUAAGAGAAGAGUUCUUGGGUGAUACCUUGUAAAUAAUAACUUAGAAUUUGAAAGUUAAAUUUAAUUUUCAAAAUACAAAUGGAUGUUGCUAGCCAGUUUGCCUGUAGGAGGGGAGUUGUCCCAUCUGGUAGGAAGAUUAGUAGGAGAAAGGACAAUCUGAUUUUAAGAAUAUGGAAGAUAUUGUUUAUUUAAGACCCUCUACCAAAAAAAAGCACACACAAAAACCAAACAAACCAACCAGCCCAACCAGUUACAUUAAUUGGAUUUUAGAUUUAAUACAGAUUUGAAUUAAAGGUGGUCUGUCAGCAGCGUUUGUGGUUCAAGCACUGCUGCCUCUUUCCAUUGUGAUAAUUCUCUUUAUUUGUCAAAUGUAUUUGUUUUUUUAAGAAGGAUGCCAUAACUUUCAUGGGGGAAAUACAACCCCAGUUGCACUGAGAAGUAUAUGCUAGAGAAGCAUAUGCCAUACAGGUUGCUGCUAAUUGGAGUUGUUAGAUGCCCAUUUCUUCUCUUCUACCCUGGUCUCAAAUUACUCAGAAUUUUUGGGAAAAUUUAGGGUUUAUUUUAGUGGUUUUUCAGAGUGAAGUGAAAUGAAAGUGGAUAUACAUUAUCCAUUUAUAAAGGAAAAAUUAAAAAUAGAUUCUCUCAAGUUUUAAAGUACUUCUGUGGUUUGAAAUAGGGCCUUUGAUAGGGGACUGAUGUAAAGCCAGUGAUAACUACAGGUUUGUUAGAAAAUGGUGGCAGUAUUACCCAUAGAGUCUGACUGGAUUAUGCUCUUGUCUAGAGCUGCUAAAAUGAGGUGAACUUGCCCCUGGUAGCCAAGGUGGCUAUGUUAGAGAACAAGAGUAGACAGUAGAGAAACUUCCUUUUCCAUUUUACCUAUGUCUUAGCGAAAAGGAUGGCUCAGAAGUGGCCUUAUUUGAGUGCGUUCUGGAAGUGGUGCUAUGGCAAGGGAAUUAGAAUGACUGCGUGGUAGAAAGUGGAUUUAGAAAGACUUCUGCGCUUACGGUUAACCUAAGACAAGGGUAAGCUUUGGCAGGUCUAAAGAAGUGGGAGGGGGAAGACGGGGUGGUAUUUUGCACCUAUUUCAGGCUUUGAAAAUGAAGCUGGAUUCCCCUUCUGGCCAGUGAAAUCACUGGCAAAGCACGUCUUCUGAAGUGGAGAGAAUCAGCUGCUGCUUACUGUGUUCAUACAAUAAAGACUUCUAUGGCAGAUAAAUAUGCUCCAACUGCUGAUGACUUAGAUUAUUUGUGUUUGUGUUCUUCUUAUCUCCGAAAGUAUAUUAAUAUUUUAAAGUUGCAAGGUCAAGUAUUCAAAAACUAAGAUGCUAGGAAUUUCAGGAGGCAAUGCGUUAUUGUAGGUAGGGUUCUACUUUUGAGACCUGGGUUUAGUGUUCUCAUCUCCUUUGUAUCUCUCACUUAGUACUCCUAAAAGAUGAAUUUAUGCUCAUCCUUAGGCACCUGAUUAAACUUCAUGAAUUAGAAAUCCAGUCAAGAGAGCUGAAGGUCAGACUGCUGAAGGUCUCUGACUGGAGAGAGCUCAGGGGGACUCCAGCUUUGGUGCUUUGAUCAAAUACAUAAGCGACACAAUGAAUCUGGGCACUGGAGCCUCAGUUUCUCAUCUGUGAAAAUGCUGUUAACUUGUUUCAAAUGCACUUUGAAACAACAACUUUGGGUCAAGAGCAGAGGGAUGGAAGUUGUGGAAUAUGUGCAAUGAAAACUUCCCGCCUUGUUCAGAGAGACAAAAUGAUUAGAGGAAGAAAUUGCUUUGCCCGUGGACAGAUUGUUUGUAAGGUCCUGACUUAAUUUGCUGGAGAGGUUUAAAAGCGUGUAAUGGACAAGAAGAGAAAGGAUUGUUUCACUGUUGAGGCCACCCUUGAAGAAUAGAUUUGCCUCUUACACAAUCCCUACACAUGCUGAGAAACUUGGUUUCAUUUUUCACUGGUUGUUAAUCUGUCUCUCUGUGCCCAGGUUGCUUUCAAGCUGUUACUUCUGGGAACUCACAAUGCAGAUCAUUGAAAAUUAAUAUUCUGAAGUGAUGAUAAAUAGAAUCCUACAAAAUGCUAAAUCACUUGGGACAUGCAGCAGUAUUCGCUCAGUAUUACUGAAUCAUCUCAUUGGAGAUUGUUGCAUUAAUGUUUGUAAGGAAGCAGGGUGGUUUCAUGAUUUCAUGAGUACUGUAAGACAUGUAAUUCUUAGAUUAGCAUUUGAAUGCUAAUGUAAGACAUGAUGUCAUGCUGGGGGGGGAAAUUAAAGUAGUUCUAUUCUCCAGUUUAUUAAGUGAGCACUUUCAUCUUUUGCCCCUCACAAAGAGAAAUUUAUAUGGUAAUAUACAGUGUGACUACAUAGUUAUGUGAGGAAUGCACAGCCGUAACUUUCUAUGAUUCUAUUCUAUGAUUCUAUGAUUCCAAAUACUUAAUUGCUUGACUUCUAUAGCUGUAAUUGCAAAGUGCUAUCUAUAGACAGAACUGAAUAUGCAGCAUACUCUUCUGUUUGUUGGUUGGCUAUAUUUUUGUAGAAUUUGGAUUGAUUCUAUGAAGAAAAAAAAAAUGGUGCUGUAAUGCCAGUGUUACAUUCUCCCACGCCACAAAGAAGUAGUGAAGACACGAUAUUCCGAUGAGGCACGGUGCUCUGCUGUUGGGUUAGCUACAGUUCAGUUGAAAAUAGGAAAUGCUUUUGUAGAUACUCAGUGCUAAUUACUUGCGUAAUAUAGCUUCAUGAAAUGGCAGCAUGUGCCUGCUGCAUUUAGGUGGAAUUCGCUGUUAUACAACAUAAAGCAUGUGUUAUAACAAUAGCAUAUGCUAUAAUACAGCAUAAUUUUUUUUUCUUGAGUAUUCAAGAAAGUUGCUUCUGUACAUCUGUUACAACUGGUUGCCCAAAAUGCUUGUACAGUGUAACUCAGGAGCUACUGAUUUUUAUACCCAAAUUCUUGAGAUUUUCUUUUCAUGUUCCAUUUGAAUAUUUAUAGCAAAAACAAGGGCAUUUUCAGUAUUCUGAGGACCACAACAGACCAACGUCUUUUGACUUCUAUUUUUUUAUUCUACCUUUUGAGCAACUGUAUUUGUAAAUCGGUUUUUGAAAGAGAUGAUUUUCAUUUGUGAUGAAACAGGCACAGUGAAAGCCAGUACACACAUCUGUCUGAACACUUGAUAAUUCAUUAGAUAAGAUAUAUACAAUAAUUCCAUAUGUAUAUAAGGCUUCUUAAAAUAAAUUGAUGUGGAAAAUAAGUUGAUUGUAUGACUGGAAACGGUUGCAA